UGAUCUAUACAUGUUUAAAUGCACACCAGUGACUUCUCCCAAACUAAUCUGUCCCUGUAUAUUGUUUCGUGUGUGUGGAAUUGUACUUAUUUGAGUAAUAAGGUUACUUGUUCAUUUUAAAUUUUAAGUACAUUAGUAUUGAAAUUGAUACAACUUUAAAACAUGGCGGAACAUGGCUUGACGGAAGACCAAUGUGAACAUAUUACCGGUGUGUUCAAUUGGUUUGAUAAAAAUGGCGAUGGAAAGAUCGACGCAAAAGAAUUGGGAUUGGCUCUUCGAUUAGAAGGAUUAAAUCCAACAGAUAAAGAGAUAGCAGAAAUGAUUCAAAAAGUAGAUGUUGAUGAUGACGGAAAGAUAAACCACAAAGAAUUCAUGAAAAUGAUGAAAGAAGAGGUUUUAAAUACAGACGAGAAAUCAGAGCUUCAAGAGGCAUUCCGAGUAUUUGAUAAAAAUGGUGAUGGUCGAAUAUGUGCAUCAGAACUAACCGAAGCCCUUACUUCCAUAGGUGAAAAGUUAUCACGUGAGGAUAUCAGUGAAUUGCUGAAGAGAGCUGACAUAGAUAAAAACGGAACUAUUUGUUAUAAUGAGUUUGUUGUUUUAAUGACGGAUAUGAAUCCAGGAGUCAAAUCAUCAACCAAAGCAAGCUAAUACGUUGCUGUUUCAACAAUUUAGUGACUUUUGAAUAAUUAAUUCAUUAUAUAUAUAUAAUAUGAAAUAAAGAUUAUACUAUU